CGUUUCCUCCAAUUUUACAACAUUCUGUAGUAACUGCACUGUUGUUGCGAAAGAAUCGACACGGACGACCGCUGGAUUCUAUUGCGUCAUCGCCAACAAUUUUUCCACCUUUUCUUAUCACACAUAGUAUUCGCCUUUGUGUUGGUGAUACUGUUGGUGAUAUCAACGACCACAUGAUUGAUGACGACAAUUCUGCUGGAGUGCACAUUGAAGAGCGAUGUUUAGUCGUUUUAUCCCUUCCACGAUACACAUGACGCGAUAUUCUUGACCGCAGUUUGCCUCGUAACCGGAGUAUUGGAGGAUGAACCGUGCAGAACAGUUAGGUGUCACAUGAAGAACACAACUUGCCGAAAAUAUGGAUGCAUUACGGUCGAACGGAAGUAUUGCCGACGUGUUGCGUUGUGAGGUCAAAAGAACCUUUAAUAUGUCGAAAACUAGCACGAUACCUGGUUUGUCUUACCUGCCGGCAAGAGAAAAUCUGUCGAAUACCGCAUGGGGUUUUCUCGAGGCUAGGAGGAAGAUCGACGGUGCGGAAGGGCUGUGGAGAAUCAAAAAUAAACUUUACGAUUUGGAAACCUUCGCGAAAUCGCAUCCAGGUGGGUCCGAAUGGAUUCGACUUACGAAAGGAACCGACAUCACCGAGUUGUUCGAGAGUCACCACAUCACUGACAAAGCCGAUCGAUUGCUACCAAAUUUCUACGUUCGCGAAGCCACGAAGCCACGAUCAGUGCCCUUGACUUUUUCGCCAGACGGCUUCUAUCACACAUUCAAGAGACGCGCGGUAGAGGCCUUAAAGAACGUCGAUUUCCAUAAACCAUCCACGACGACGAAGCUCAUCACCGAUUCCUUGGCGGUUGCAACUUUCGCGCUGAGCCUCACGGCUGCUCUCGUCCACUCUUACGUUAUUAUCGUCCUCGCCAGUGUCUUUUUGACGUGGACGUCCAUCGCGGCGCACAACUUCUUCCACAUGAGAGACAGUUUUCGGAUGUAUUAUUUCGAUCUCUCGAUGUUAUCCUCGAAAAGUUGGCGCAUCACGCACGUCAUGAGCCACCAUAUGUAUACCAACACCAUAUGGGAUUAUGAGAUUUACGCGGUCGAGCCGUUUUUACAGUGGAUCCCUCGCAAGGAUAAACCCUACUUAGCGGGAAUGAUAAGCAGGAUUAUUAGUCCCAUCGUCUGGAUGUUGCUCUUCAUUACCGAAGGACUCAAACGAUACUACUUAAUAUUCAAGGAGUAUCAUGGGGUUUUCGAGUUUCGCGAUGUCGUGCCGCUCUUGCUGCCUCUAUCGAUGUGUUUUGUGGCGCCCAAGAUCCUCGUCGCUCUCAAGUUGUGGCUGAUAAUGAUACUAAUCAGUAGCGCCCUGUUCGGCCUGGUCGGUUUCAACGCGGCCCAUCAUCAUCCUGAUAUCUUUCACGACGGCGAUACCUACAGGAACGACCUGGACUGGGGUCUGUUCGAGGUGGAUACCGUGCGCGAUCGCGAGGUGAUCGACGACUCGAUCUUCCUAGCGCUCACCAACUUCGGCUCGCACACGUUGCACCAUCUGCUACCCAGCGUGGACCAUUACUAUCUGCAAUUAUGCGUGCCCGCUUUCCUGCAAACGUGCGAGGAAUUCCGCGUCAGCUCGGAUAAGUGGACGCAGUGGGAGCUUAUUAAAGGACAAUUCAGGCAGCUCGCGCGAACUGACGUGAAGAGGAACUGCAGGUAGCGCUCACCCUCGGCGUGAUCGAUCACGGAUGUCGAAUUCUUAAGCACUAACAUGAGGACUAUUUUUAUAUACUUAAAAAGUUUACAUCUCAGUUUGUGAACAAGCACCUCGGGCGAAUAACGAUGAGUGCAAAUGGGUAAUUAAAGUAACAAUUAUGCGCGCAAUUUGCCAAGAGUUUCGCAAAUUGGCAUAAGACUGUAUCUGGAUGUGAGAUGGACGAAUAAAUUGAUAAUUUUAUUCCAUUUGA